GGCCACCGGUGGGCCGGAGGGAGUCCUCAGGACGCCUUGGCAGAGUGUGUGGCGUUUUGACCGACUGCACGACGUCUCCCAGAGUGACCCGGCCGGAGGGGACAAAGAGGCCGGAACUUGGCAGGCGCCGCUGUGGAGCAGCGCUCGGAGCCCAUUUUGAGCUCGCAGCACUGGCCAGCACUGGCUUCGGUCUCGGGAGACCCACUACUUGCCUCCUCUCAGGCUCCCUCGCUUCACCAACUCCUGUGACUCUUCCCCAAGCCCAGUUGAGUUUAGAAGCCCAAGUCAGCUUCCCCGGUGCGUGAAUUUCCCAUCUGUGUCUCCCGAACUCUUGCUGAGUUCUUACUUUGUCUGGGAGGGGUAAACAGGAGACCCAACAUUCAGCACUUGACUUGGGUUCUGCCUGGAAAAUCUUACUUUGGCGUUCAAGGGGGCGGGGCUGACAGCAGGGGCUCUGGGGAAGAUUAGCGGCCACCCGCUAGUCAGGCUUUUGUGGUCUUCAGCCAAAUGUUGACUUACCUUUAGAGUCCAUCAGAUGUCCCAUGCGGUUCGAAUUCACUCUACAACUUUGAUCUGGGGCGCUAAAUGCGAUCAGAUUUAUUUAGGUGAGGUGAGCGUGAAGCAGAUGGGAUUUUCUAUUACCUGCGACUUCUGGGAAUGCUCCAGUCACCACCCAGAAAUGGAGCUUUUUGAAAGGUCAUUUUCUCCUUGCUCAUUGAUUUGCUGUCCUGAAGCGGCACUACCUCAGAAGACCACUUGGAGCAUAUGGGAAGUCAAGCCGCCUCUGGCAAGACUUUUAAACAUGUGAAGAUAUUUCCAUUUCUCUUUAGGAAGAAACUCCUUUUUACAGAGAGACUCAUCUGCAGAUGUUUCUGUAAGGACAUGGGGAGAUAGCGAACUAAGUCUGGAACCCAGACACUAAAAGGAGAGACUGCUUUUAGCUGUGAAGGAUGGCCAAACCCACUUUCAGAGGCAGCGGCACUAACUCUGAAUGCUUACGGCAGCGCUUCAGGAGAUUCCAUUACCAAGAGGUGGCAGGGCCACGAGAGGCUUUCAGCCAACUGUGGGAACUUUGCUGUCGGUGGCUAAGGCCAGAGGUGCGCUCCAAGGAGCAGAUUGUGGAAUUGUUGGUGCUAGAGCAGUUCCUGACUGUGCUACCUGGGGAGAUCCAGAACUGGGUACAAAAACAGUGUCCAGAAAAUGGAGAGGAGGCAGUGACACUGGUGGAAGACUUAGAAAGAGAGCCUGGACGACCUGGACAUUCGGUCACAGUCUGUGUGAAGGGGCAGGAAAUGCACUUGGAGAAGAUGACACCCCCGAAAUCAUCACAGCAGUUAUUAAGUGUUCUUCAGGAGUCAGUGGAACCCCAGCCCAGGGGUGUAUUCAACAAAGAGGGGGCAAGAAGCCCAGCCCUGGGACUACAGAAGCAGAUGAACCCAAAGAAGAAUCUCAGACCUUUUCAAAGGAGCGGAUUUCCAUUUCCUAAACCUGAUGUGGUCUCCAGGUUGGAUCAAGGAGAGCCAUGGAUCCCAGAUCUGCUCAGCUCCAAGGAGAAGGAUGUCCCAAAAAGCAACAGCACAGGAGACAAACAAGUUUAUACUGAUCCAUUGCCAUCCAAGAGAGAUAAAAGUAGCUGGGUAGAACAGGAUCUCUGGGGUUUUGAUGAUGAGAAGGUGGUGGGUGUACACUGGGGCUAUGAAGAGACUAGAACACUCCUUGCAAUUCUCAGUCAGACUGAAUUUUAUGAAGCUCUCCGAAACUGCCGUAGGAACAGCCAAGUGUAUGGGGCUGUAGCUGAGAAACUUCGUGAGUAUGGCUUCCUCCGGACCCUGGAACAGUGCCGAACCAAGUUCAAAGGCCUUCAGAAGAGCUACAGGAAGGUCAAGAGUGGUCAUCCACCUGAAACCUGCCCCUUCUUUGAGGAGAUGGAAGCUCUGAUGAGUGCCCAGGUCAUUGCAUUGCCCAUUAGUGUCAUGGAAGAAGCCACUUCCCAUCCUAGCCAGGCAGACACUGAAACUGAGGAGCCAGGGCAGAGGGCCUGGCAGCAUGAGGAAGGAGAAGAGACUGUGGCUGAAGGGUCUGACAGUGAUGACCUGGAGGCCAUCCCCCAGGACCCUGACAAUCCACCUGCAUCUGUCGUCUUCCGAAGCCCAAGUGGUGUACACUGGGGCUAUGAAGAAACCAAGACUUAUCUUGCAAUCCUUAGUGAGACACAGUUCUAUGAAGCCCUCCAAAACUGUCACCGCAAUAGCCAGUUAUAUGGAGCAGUUGCUGAGAGAUUAUGGGAAUAUGGCUACCUUAGGACCCCAGAGCAAUGUCGGACCAAAUUUAAAAGCCUACAAACCAGCUAUCGGAAAGUCAAGAAUGGUCAAGCACCAGAAACUUGCCCCUUCUUUGAAGAAAUGGAUGCUCUGGUCAGUGCCCGUGUUGCUGUCCAACCUAGUGAUGACCAGGAAAAAGAAACAGCUUCUUGCUACCUUCAGGAAACCAGUGAAGCUGAAGCUGAGGAGCAAGCCGAGGACACAGAAGAAGAUUCAGAUGAUGAAGAUGACACUGAGAUACCCCCAGGGGCUGUUACAACCCGUGCUCCAGUCUUAUUCCAGAGCCCCAGUGGUUUUGAGGCUGGAUUUGAUAAUGAAGAGAAUCUAAAACGAGAUAUUUCUGAGGAAGUACAGCUGCAUAGGACAUUACUUGCAAGGUCUGAAAGGAAAAUUUCCCGUCAUGCUAAUCAAGGUAAAGUUAGUAAGAAUGAAUGUUUAUCAGCAAACCAAUGGGGAAAGACUCAAAGAGAAAAAAAAAGAAAACUGGCACUCCCAGAGAAGAGUAUAGGUACAGUCCUGACUUAUCAGAGACCAGGCUUGGGAGACAGACCCUAUAAAUAUCUCAGAUAUGGCAAAAGUUUUGGCCCAAACUCCCAUCUCCUGUAUCAGGUAUCCCAUCAGGUAGAGAAUCCAUAUAAAUGUGCUGACUGUGGGAAAAGCUUCAGUCGGAGUGCACGCCUCAUCAGACACCAAAGAAUCCACACUGGAGAAAAACCUUAUAAGUGUCUUGACUGUGGGAAAGGUUUCCGAGACAGUUCCAAUUUCAUUACCCAUCGGAGAAUACACACAGGAGAAAAGCCUUAUCAGUGUGGUGAAUGUGGAAAACGCUUCAAUCAAAGCUCAAGCCUUAUAAUUCACCAGAGAACCCACACAGGAGAAAAACCUUACCAGUGUGAAGAGUGUGGGAGAAGCUUUAAUAACAGUUCUCAUUUCAGUGCACAUCGGAGGACACACACAGGAGAGAGACCCCAUGUGUGUCCUGACUGUGGUAAGAGUUUUAGUAAGAGUUCUGACUUACGUGCACAUCACAGAACCCACACAGGAGAGAAACCUUAUGAGUGCCACGAUUGUGGCAAGUGCUUCAGUAAGAGCUCUGCCCUUAAUAAACACCGAGAGAUCCACACACAGGAAAAGCUGCUGUCACAGUCAAUGUCUAAGUAAGCUCCUGCGGAAAGACAUCAGUAAAAGUAUUGUUUGACAGUCCCCUCCUGUUCUGUGCUCAGCUGGCUUAGGAGGCACUUCUUGGGAUUUUUGCCAUUGUUUGUUCCUAUGCUUCCCAAACGUAGCCGAGUCAGAUGUCAGUGGUUUUAAGAUAAAAAGUAGCUUUUUGUCUAAACUGAUGGUAAUGACGUCUUCCAACUCGGUGCCUGUGUUGUUCCCUUUGAGAGGAUAUGACAGUAUAUCCUGUGGUUCUCAUGUAUAUCUUCCACCCCUCCUGUCAUUCACUGCACUUUAAUUGGAAACCCAUCUCAGCACUUUGUCAAACAAGUUGUGAGAAUGCUCAUUUAAUUGGGCCAUCCUGCUCACUUACACUUGUGAAUACUCUUCAUUUAUCUUUAAGGAGAGUUUAAAGUCCUUCUUGGUUCUAUCUUUUUCCAAGAAUCUGGGACUAGGGAUGUAGCUCAGUGGUAGAGCACUUGCCUAGUAUGCACAAGGCCCUGGGUUCAAUCCUCAGUAACAUACAGAGACAGAGAGACAGAGGGAAACACUGUAAGCCUUCUAUAAACACUGAAUUUCUUAGCUUCUUUUAGAUUCUACAAGGGUUGUAAUAGAAUAUACUGCAUUUAUAGCAUCUUGUUUGAUUUUUCUCUUCUUUUUCUCCUUUCCUCCUCUUCAUCUAAAUUUCAUCUGUCCCUUAUGGACUAGAAGCCUAAAGAGCAAACUAGAUGGAUGUGGUGACAGAAAAAGCACUUAAAGCUACCAAUGGGAAUUGUCUAUUUUUCCUACACUCCACAUACAUACUCCACAUCAGUCUAUGAGUGCUCAGUACUAAUUGCAAGGAGCAGAACCACUGCCACAUUCCCAUAUAUAGGUCAAAUACACUUCACCCUAAAUGACAGGGAAGAUAGUGGAGCUAUCCAUCUACACACGCACACAUACUCAAUUAUACAAAUAAAAGUAUCUAUUUAAAUACAAAUGUAAUUAUGGCUUUCUUUUUUGUUCAUUUGUUUUGGUUUUUUGAGACAGGGUUUCUCUGUGAAACAGUGCUAGCUGUCCUGGAACUCACUCUAUAGACCAGCCUACCCUAGAAGAGAUCCACUUGCCUCUGCUUCCUGAGUGUUGGGAUUAGAGGUGUGUGCCCCAACCCCAUGGCUGAUGGAUUUUCAAAAUUAGGUAGUUUGGAUUAAUUUCCACAUUUUCAUAGACUUAUGAUAAACCCUAUACAAGUAAAACAGUCCCUACCCUUGUCCUUAUACUGGAAAACAGAUAGUACAUGGACAGAUAAGCACAAAUAUGUAGUUGCAUCAUUUGUUUUUUUAAAGACAGGGUCUCACUAUGUACUACUGGCUGACCUGGACUCACUAUGGAGAGGUUACAUUGGCCCUGAACUCACAGAGAUUUGACUGCCUCAGUCUUCAAAGUGUUAGGUUUGUAUCACUCACUAUGAUAGACUGCAGCUGAUUUAAAGAAAUUUAGAAAGCUAAGUAGUGUUACUACACUAGACAUAAGUUUUAACAUAACUUGCUCUGAGAAAAAUCUAGAAAGUAUUUUUUCAGGAAACAGUAGCAUUGAAAGGAAGAAAAGUAACUAGAUAAAUGAUAGUGAGAUAGACUUUGCAAAACUAGUUAUAAAUUUGGUGCUAGGUGGGUAAGAUGUGGGAAGACAUCAAAGCAAAGGACAAAAGAUAUAAAGUUCACUAAAGCUUGAAGCAGGAAAAACCUAAUGAAUGUAUGAUACAGCUGUACAGUAGGCAGAGAAACAACUCUGCAGAGACAGGGAUUGCUAGAGGGUAACCCUGUGCUGUGCUUACUGAGGUCAGGACAGCAGCUUGGCGCAGGAGAAAAUGAGUUUUAGACUAGCUCCUUUGAGAGACAAACAUCAGAAAUUAGCAUCUACUGAAGAUACUUUUGAUGAGCAGGUCAGAGAAAAGAUGGCCAUGAUCAGAUGGCCAAGACCUGAAAUAACUAACGUUCACAUUUUACUUUUAUUAGAUACCCAUGGCUAGAUUAAGAUCUGAGGCAGUAGUAUGGAGAUAAGACUUCAAAAAUUUAUUAGGAUGAAUAAUUAACUAAGGAUCUGGUAUUAAGGAAUUCUAAAAUAACUAACAAUUAAGGGAAAAUGGUAUCUCAAUUAUGCUGCCUAAGCAAGCAGGAAGGUAAAUGAAACCCCUGUCUAAAGCAGGGUUUCAGGGGCAGAGAUGGCUUUGGAAGUGAGCUGCAAUGUCAAAGAAAAUGGGGAUUAUUGUCUUUAGUAUUAAUCUAUGUAUAGUACUGUGGGAAAGGCAUAAGGGUAUUAGUAAACAUGGCUCCAAAUGUCUUGUGUGUAUGUUAAACUGCUGAUUCUCUUCCUGUAAAGCAGAAUAAUGUUUACACCAAAUCUGCCUCUCAGGGAUCAUGUUAAUAAAAGCUAUUUCCAUAAAGCA